AUGGACGUUGUAGAUUCUGCUGCAGACACUCUUUCGCUCAACGACUCUCUCACUCGGCAGGCAUCCACAAGCAUGCCAGAGAACCUUUCCGCAACGCAUCUCGCCGGCCUAGCCACUCUGGCAGUUCUGGCCAUCGCUGUUCUGGAGAGAGUGACCAGGGUGUCAGUCGAAGCCAAUGAGCCACCAUUGCUGAAGCCUAAAGUGCCCGUGUUUGGUCACAUCUUGAGCUUCUUGCAAAAGCCCAGUGAAUACUUCAUCCAGCUUCGGAAGAUACACAAUGUCGAGCUCGCAACUCUGCAGCUCGGCCAUGCCAAAGUCUAUGUGGUAUGGUCACCCGCAGUGGUGCAUUCGGCAUUCCGUAGCAAGACUUUGUCCCAUGACAAGUAUAGUCUCGACUUUGCUCAGCGCGUUUUCGGCCUCAGCAGAGACACAGUCGCCUUGCUCAGGUCACCCAAGGCAGUCGAGGAUCGGAUUCAGCAGCGUUUGAUGGAUGCUAUCCACGAUGGUCUCAUGGGCCAAAGCCUCAAAGAGAUGACUGCCAGGGCGCUCAAAUACCUCAACAACCAAAUUAAUGAACUCGGUACCGGUGGCCAGGGCUUCGAGACGUCCAACCUGUACGUCUGGCUUCGACAUCACAUCACCAUCUCGGUGUCCAACACUCUCUACGGGGCUAGCGAUCCGUUCAAGAAGGACCAAUCCCUGAUCCAAGCACUAUGGGACUUUGAGGGUGACUUUACGCGACUGAUUCCGGGCAAACUCCUUGGAAAGCUUCUUGCAUCACGGGCAUUCAACGGCCGCGAAAAGGUCCAGAGGGCCAUGAUUGAUUUUUACCGCGCCAAGUCUGAGGACAACGACGACGUCACACCAUUUAUCCGAACACGUGCUGAGCUACUUCGCCAAGCGGGACUGUCCCCUGAUGAAAUCGGAAGAAUGGAGAUGAGCUUCAUGUUCGUUGCGACCACCGGUUCUGUGCCAACCAUCUUCUGGUUGUUGGCCAGUGUCCUCCAGAGCCGCGAGUGGGUAGAAGCAAUCAGACUCGAGCUGGAACCCUUGGUCGCUAAGCAGGGCGACACAGCUGAACUGCGAGUCUCAUCGAUCAAUGAGACCAGCUGUCCUCUUCUUAUAAGCAGCUGGCAUGAAGCCAUUCGCAUGAGCAAUCAGUUCUUGGGCACGCGUCAUCCUCUGCAAGACAUGACGGUCAUGAACGCGGAGGGCAAGUCUUACGUGCUGAAGGAAGGUGUGCCUGUCAUCUGGACGGCAGGAGCCUUGCAUGCCUCGACAGACGUCUGGGGAGAUGAUGCUAGAGUUUUCCGAGCCGACCGAUUUGUGGAUCUGCAGGGAAGCGACAAGCAGAAGAAGAAGGCUUCCUUCUAUCCGUUUGGGGGCGGCAAGCAUUUGUGUCCCGGACGAGUUUUCGCUUACAGCGAGAUUCUGCCUUUCGCCUCGGCAUUGCUGUUGGGGUUUGACAUCCAUGGUCUGAAGCCAGAGUCGGUUGCAACAGGCCCGACCAGACUGGGCGAGGGUGUCCUGAAGCCCCUGCACGAAGGGCGGGACUCUUCUUGCACCAUGACGAAGAGGGAGGGAUGGGAGAAUGUUCAGUGGAACUUGACGCUGUGA